AGCGCCACAGAGUCGCCCGCAGAAGUAAGCCUCCAACACACGCAUCCGGUCGAACACCGAGUAUCUAAUUAUGACAGGAACUCCUAAACUCUUACCAAUGGAUCGAAGCCGGAGCAAGCAUCGAUAAAGGCGUUGCCGAGAGAUAUGUCGAAUACCUGCGCACGGCACUAGACAUGGGAGUGCAGCUAUCUGCCGAGGGCCACUUCGACAGUCAGCCCAUCCUGGAGCUCCAGGCAAUCCUGAAUGGUACUCGCGUCGCCACUAUCGAACAGCCGCCUCUAGACGACGAAGACACCAGACGGACUGCAGCACAGAGAGUGAAGGCUGAGCGCAGAAAGAGCCGCAAAGGCGGACAAAGAGGAGGAUUCCAGCGAGGACAACGCAGACCAAGCCGGCAUCGUUGCCCGCAGCCCGCGAAUCAUCAAGUCGGUGUUGGAGAAGGCAAAGCUCUUGCCCCUAACUGCCACCAAUCCCGAUGGCCAGUGGACCCAGGGUUUUGUCGCACAUCUUCGCCUCAUCAACACAGACGUUGGAAGCAGAUGGAUGGUGGGCCUACAGAAGCUGCUCGCCUUCGCCUUCUCGGUUAUCGGCGCAAGGGCUCCUCGGCCGCCUUCGUCCGCGAGAGCGCUGGCAUUAUUGGGCUCUACAAGGACAUCGUCGCCACAGAGGGCCGUGGCGGAGCCCACCACUACUCCUCUCUCGCCAAUUCGCUUGUGUGCCUUACCAAGCAGAAAUUCGAGAAUGUGUUCUCCGAGGUUUGGCUCCUCGUGCGCUACGUCAACAUCGCACACGCCUACAGCGAGUUCGAGAACGAGCUCCAGGACAAGAAGUCGUCGGAGUAUCAGAAGUACAAGGCGGCUGUGGAGGGCCAUAAGAAAGAGUUUGGCAAACUCCACAUGGGUGCCUACCACCGCCAGUACAUUUUGACUCAGGCGGGUCCGUGGCGUGUUUGGCGAGCACGGAGAGGGCCAUCGUCCUAG